UUCUUCAUCGGUCACACGUCACCUCACCCAAAAGUGAGGUUAUAUUAAUGACAUUGACAGUUUGCUGAUGUGUUUAUAUCUCCGUGUCAAGUUUUCAAAAUUUUACAUAAAGCCCUAUAGUAAAUAAUUAACUAACUAUAAUAAUAAACAGCACACAAGAUGCCCUUAAGACUUGACAUAAAAAGAAAACUAACCGCAAGAUCCGAUAGGGUGAAGGCUGUAGAUUUACAUCCCACGGAACCCUGGAUGUUAUGUGCCCUAUACAGUGGGGUCGUAAAUGUAUUCAAUUUGGAUAAUCAGCAGUUGCUUAAGACUUUUGAGGUGUGCGAUGUGCCGGUACGAGCUGCCAAGUUUGUCCCGAGAAAGAACUGGGUUGUCAGCGGUUCCGAUGACAUGCAACUAAGGGUUUUCAAUUAUAACACCUUGGAAAGGGUUCAUAAAUUCGAAGCGCAUUCGGAUUAUGUGAGGUGUAUCGUUGUUCAUCCCACUCAGCCUUAUAUUUUAACCAGCAGCGAUGAUAUGCUUAUUAAACUAUGGAACUGGGAUAAAGCGUGGGCAUGCCAACAAGUGUUCGAAGGGCACUCCCAUUACAUCAUGCAGAUCGCUAUAAAUCCAAAAGACAAUAACACUUUUGCCAGUGCUUCUUUAGAUCGUACCAUCAAAGUGUGGCAAUUAGGUUCUCCUCAGGCCAACUUCACCCUAGAGGGUCACGAAAAGGGUGUGAAUUGCGUGGAUUAUUAUCAUGCAGGAGAUAAGCCUUACCUUAUUUCCGGAGCGGACGAUAGGCUCGUCAAAAUCUGGGACUAUCAAAAUAAAACGUGCGUUCAGACUUUAGAGGGUCACGCUGAAAACGUUACGGCCGUGUGUUUUCAUCCGGAGUUGCCUGUGGUACUCACUGGUAGCGAAGAUGGCACCGUCAGGGUGUGGCACGCCAACACACAUCGGUUAGAGAGCAGUUUAAAUUAUGGGUUCGAAAGGGUUUGGGCCAUAACUUGUCUGAAGGGUUCCAAUAACGUGGCUAUAGGUUACGAUGAAGGGAGCAUUAUGGUGAAGGUGGGAAGAGAAGAACCGGCGGUCAGUAUGGACGUUAAUGGUGGAAAAAUCAUUUGGGCUCGCCAUUGUGAGUUGCAGCAGGCUAACCUGAAGGCCUUACCGGAAGGUGCAGAAAUAAGAGACGGAGAACGUUUACCGGUAGCAGUCAAAGAUAUGGGUGCAUGUGAAAUUUACCCCCAAACGAUUCAGCACAAUCCCAAUGGUAGAUUCGUAGUGGUGUGUGGGGAUGGAGAGUAUAUAAUUUACACAGCGAUGGCUCUAAGGAACAAGGCCUUUGGUAGUGCCCAAGAGUUCGUUUGGGCACAGGAUUCCAGCGAAUAUGCGAUAAGGGAAUCAGGUUCGACGAUUCGCAUUUUCAAGAACUUCAAGGAGAGGAAGCAUUUCAAGCCGGACGCCUCUGCAGACGGUAUUUUCGGGGGUUACCUGCUGGGCGUAAAGUCAGUAGCGGGUCUGAGUUUUUACGAUUGGGAAUCGUUGGAAUUGGUGCGACGUAUUGAGAUUCAACCGAAAGCGGUUCAUUGGUCUGACAGCGGAAAUUUAGUGUGCCUAGCGACUGAUGAUAGCUACUACAUACUGUCUUUCGACUCGGAUCAAGUACAAAAGGCCCGUGAAAAUAACGAGGUAGCAGAGGAUGGGGUCGAAUCGGCAUUCGACGUUUUAGGCGAGGUUAGCGAAACGGUCCGGACCGGAUUGUGGGUGGGAGACUGUUUCAUCUACACCAACGCCGUAAAUCGGAUUAAUUACUUUGUCGGUGGGGAAUUGGUGACGAUUGCCCAUUUGGAUAGACCCCUUUACCUCUUGGGUUACGUGCCGAAAGACGACCGGUUGUAUUUAGUAGACAAGGAGCUCGGUGUAGUCAGUUAUCAACUCUUACUUUCGGUUCUGGAGUAUCAGACCGCGGUAAUGCGUAAAGAUUUCGAAACCGCCGACCGGGUGUUACCGUCUAUCCCGAAGGAGCACAGAACGCGAGUCGCACAUUUCCUGGAGAAGCAAGGAUUCAAGCAGCAGGCGUUGGCCGUGUCCACCGAUCCCGAACACAAAUUCGAGUUGGCCGUGGCGUUGGAGGAUUUAAACACGGCCAGGGCGUUGGCGGUCGAGGCCAACAAUCCGCAGAAGUGGAGUCAAUUGGGCGAGUUGGCUGCCAGCACUAAUAAUUUAGAAUUGGCUAAGGAAUGUAUGCAAAAAGCCCAAGACUACGGGGGUCUACUCCUGUUGGCCACCAGCGCAGGUGAUAAAAACUUGGUCGAAUACUUGGCGGAAUCCACCCAGCAGGAGGGCAAAUACAACUUGUCGUUCCUGUCGCAUUUGUUAUUGGGCGAUCUGCAACGGUGUCUGGAUAUUCUUAUUGAAACCGGACGGUUACCGGAGGCCGCGUUUUUCGCAAGAUCGUAUCUACCGGAUAAAAUAUCGGACGUAGUCAACCUUUGGAAGUUAAAAUUGGCGGAGAGUAACGAGAAAGCCGCGCAAAGUUUGGCCGAUCCCAAGCAAUAUGAAAACCUGUUCCCUGGUUUGGCCGAGGCUAUCGUCGCUCAAAAACAACGUGAGGGAAAAACCGGUGAGCAGGAGAUGGUGCCAACUGCCUCAAGAGCACCACCAACUGGCCCUGCAACACUACAAGAGGACGACGAUGACGAUAUAGAUCUAGACUUGGACGGUGUGAAUCUAGAUGACAAUAUUGAUACCUCUGACAUAAAUAUCGAUGAUGACCUGUUAAGCGACUAAUGCCACCUAUAGUCUCCGGAGUUAGUAUUACAAAUAUUAUAACGUUUAUGUUCAUUCCUAUUGUUAAGUAUAGAUUUUUAAGUAAAUUGUAUAAUAUUAUA